AUGUCUUGGUCUCAGGUUGAUGACAACCGGUACGAACGUGCACUUCGCGACAAUGAAACAUUCAUCAAAAUGCUCGCAGACUCUGCACGUCAAUUGAACCGCGAGCACUGGGCGAUCAACGUCGUCGCCACAGUCACUCCGAUGGGCUCUAUCGCAAUGGAGGAUCUGAUAUCUCUCUUCCGCGAAGCCUGGAAGGCCCUGCGAUUUAAACACCCAACCAUUGCUGCGUAUGUCAUGGACGAGACCAGAUACAUCUACGACGUGCCGGAUGAAACAGCGCUCACCGAAUGGGCAACAGAGACCUUCAGGGUAGUUGAUAAUAGGACAGUCGAUGAAGUCAUCGCAUCUACCACAGUGAAUCCCUAUGCAACAAUGACCUAUUUCCCCCAGACGUGCCAACUCCCAGGUCAUGCACAGCACUGGCGUACGGAUGGCGUUGGCGGCUUUAUGCCUAUGGAUGACUUCCUCGACCUGGCGAGUCGGUCUGUUCCUGUAGAUACUUCUUCACUGCCGUGGGGUGAAGAGACCAGGCGUUUGGCUCCAUCCAUCGAGGAGGCGGCAGGGCUUCUGUCCGCCACUACCUCCGAAGAAGAUAAGAAACUGGCCCAACAAACCGUUGCAGGUUUCGGUCUUACCGUUGGAGCUAUCGGAAUUGCCUCUCACGCCGCGGCUGAGACUGUACCAGGUGGAACCCGUAUCUCCUGUCUUCAACUUAGCGAGCAAGAGACCAACGCCGUGGUGAAAGCUUGCAAAGACAAGCAAAUCUCAGUCACAGCAGCAGUGCAUGCUUCGGUUGCUGGAGCCAACUAUGCACUGGCUGCCCCAGAAGAUAAACAUAAACACUACACCAGUACUAUCCGCUUUAGCUUCAGGCCGUUCCUGCCAAAGCCAUAUUCUGGACGCGAGUACGCUAGCACCAUCUUCACUAGUGGCUGGAUGUUUCCCGUAUUAGCCGAAUUAUCAUGGGCAGAGAGGGCAAUGGCAUAUCAUGCGGAGUACCGCAAGGGUUUAACUCCAGAAUUCAUCUCGGCCCAUCGCGAAUAUGCAAUAGGACUCUGCAAUCUUCUUCAAAGUAUGCCUGCCGGACCCCCUUCACCAUACGACGUUGAUAUCAGCAGCCUCGGUGUAAUUGAGAGGCUGUUGGCCAGGGAGAAGGGGACCCCGCAGCGAGGAAUUCUCGUUGACCAGGUUUCUGGCGGCUUGGAGAUGGUGAACAGGCAGUGUGUAUGCCAUGUGUGGACUUUUCGAAAUGAGUUAUACUUGAAUUUGGUCUACAACGAGGCCUUUUACGAGAAAGCAACCAUGGAUGCUUUUGUUGGGAGCGUCAAAGAUUUACUACUCCAGGGAUUGUCCGUUUAA